UUAGCGCAUGCGCCAUCGCGAGCGAGAGUUCUGAGUUCUUUAUCGAGAAGGAGCCAUCGAUUGUACGCGGCUCGGCUUUUGUGGCCUGGGUGGUUGUUUUGGAGGCGGGGGAAGGCAGGAGAUCUGUGAUGUAGACUGACUCUGACCAUGUGCAGAGUGCUUCUACAGAAGGACAGGAAAUGAUGCAGCCGCGUUAAGCAAUUAAGCCUUCCCAGGGGUUGGUUUCAGGCAAGAAAGUAACUUCUACUACACAGGGAAGUGACUUACUCCCAGCCAUGGAAGAGCCCAGUGCUGUAGAAGAAGGGGAAGUGACCUCAGGUAUGCAGUCCUUAGCUGUAGAAGAUGGGCCAACGCCAGAACUGGAAGCUUCCACUGAGGAACAAGAUGAGGCACCUGGGGAAGCAGAGGAGGGGGAGCAGUCGGGGAAGGCAGACGAUGACUCUGCAGAGGAGGAUUGGUGCAUCCCUUGCAGUGAUGAGGAACUGGACUCCCCCGACAACUGGAUGCCUCCCCCGUCAGAGAUCCGGCACCUCUAUGAACUCAUCGCUGAGCAGGGGACCCUAGAGCUCCAGGCAGAAAUCCUGCCAAGACGCAACCCGACUCCAGAACCUGACAGCGAGGAUGAGGAUAAAUCCGAAGGGCAGACUGAAGACCAAGAAGAAGAAGAGGAAGAGAAGCCUCACGUGCCAACAGAGUUUGAUUUUGAUGAUGAGCCUUCCUCACCCAAGAGCUCCUUGAUUGAUCGCCGAAGAACCCCUGGGUCCUUGGCUAAGAGCCAGAAGAGGGAGGCCCGCAUGGACAAAGUGCUUUCGGACAUGAAACGUCACAAAGUCUUAGAGGAACAGAUUAUGAAGACUGGACGGGACCUCUUUGACCUGGACUCAGACGAUAUGCCCACUCCGAAACGGCCUCCUGGUCUUUUCCUGCGUCAACGCAAAUACUGACCCUGUGAGGAAGAUAGGCCUUUUGAUUUGGGACAAAGGUGGAGCCUUUGAGUCAGAUAUAAGUGGAAGACAGUAAGUGCAUGGACCCAUUUGACCGGGCAGGCCCUUGGACUUUGACUCAGAUCCUGUAGUAAAUGCAGGAGGUGCUUGUAUUUGAUUAUUUGGUUGUAAUAAAACUCUGUGAGUUCA